GGACCGGCACCCGUACCCAGCGUUCGCCGGGUGGGAAAAUCAGGCAAGGCGGGAGGCUCUGCACGGUGCUAGGCCUCGACACCCAACACGCCACUCUGAGGUGAGACCAGCAUCAUCAGGUGAUGAGCCGAGCGGAGAGCUGCAUUGAAGCGACGCUUAAAGAGUAUGGAUCCCUGCAGUCACGAAAACUUCAAAUCGACGCUGACUCCUCUGAUCCCGGGUCCCAAGAGCACAGAGGAGUACGGAGGAGCACGGAGGAGCACGGAGGAGCACAGAGGAGCACAGAGGAGUACGGAGGAGCACGGGACCUCACGUCAGAUCUCCUCCUCCUGCUGCUCGUCGUCCCGAGAGCGCGAUCUCAUCGACGGGGUCGCCCACCACCCAGUUCCGCUGCUGGCUGGGGGGGUCACUUAUUGGGGGGGGCGGUCGGGAGUCGUGGGGGGGGGAGCCGUGAUUCGAUAAAAUCGCACUCCGCUUAAUAACUUCGCGGGGACAUCAUUAUUGCGCCAAAAAUUCAAUUAUUACUGUUAAUUGCAAAACAUGUGAAUAGUGUUUCCAUCAGGGCGCACCGCGUGACUUCGUUCGGCUCCAGGCGAGAGCCGUCAAACCCUCUCGCCACCCGCCCCCUGCCCCUCCCGCCCCCCAAGACUUCCCGUCAUUCCCGGCACCGCCCCCCUCUGCCCCACUCUUCCCACCGCCUGCCCCCCCUCUCCCCCCGCCGCCCCUGCUUCCUUCGGCACCCUCAAUCCUCCCUGCGCUCCCCUCCCUCGUGGCAGAGGCAGCUCGCACGCAGCCGCAGCAGCCGCAGCAGCAGCGAGCGCCCGACGCGGAACUCGGAGGCGCCGAUCGGGGCACAGCGACCGGGCGGGGAUUGUUCGUCGCUUCGCUCGUGGCGCGCGUCAUUCCUCUCGUCGGCAUCUCAGCGCGAUGCGGCGCCUCCCAACCCGCGAGCGGCGCGGUACCGUGCGACCGCAUUCAGCAGCAUAAGUUUCCCCGGGGGGCCCCGUGCUGCCGAGAGGAGACGGGGUGCGGGCGGGCGGGCGCCCCGAGCGGCGUCAGGGAGCGCUGGGCUCGCGCGUCGCGGCUCUCGUCGGCGAGGCGAUGUCCGCGUUCCGUAGGAAGCCGCAGGGGGACGAGUACUGCGUGGUGGCCAGCGUGGUGGGCGGCACGGCGGCCGCGUCGGGGCACGGCUUUCGCCUGGGCACCAACAAGAAGCGGCAGCGCUUCGUGCAGAAGAACGGCCGCUGCAACGUGCAGCACGGGAACGUGAACCGCGAGGCGUUCCGCUACCUGUCCGACAUCUUCACCACGCUGGUGGACCUCAAGUGGCGCUGGAACCUGUUCAUCUUCAUCCUCACCUACACCGUGGCGUGGCUGGUCAUGGCAGCGUUGUGGUGGGGCAUCGCGUACGUGCGCGGCGACCUGGAGCUGGGCCACGAGCAGGGCUACGUGCCGUGCGUGGCCAACGUGCACAGCUUCCCUUCCGCCUUCCUCUUCUUCAUCGAGACGGAGGCGACCAUCGGCUACGGCUUCCGCUACAUCACGGAGAAGUGCCCCGAGGGCAUCGUCCUCUUCCUCUUCCAGUCGCUGCUCGGCUCCAUCGUGGACGCCUUCCUCGUGGGCUGCAUGUUCAUGAAGAUGUCGCAGCCCAAGAAGCGCGCCGAGACGCUCAUGUUCAGCGAGACGGCGGUCGUGUCGAUGCGAGACGGGCAGCUGUGCCUCAUGUUCCGCGUGGGCAACCUGCGCACAAGUCACAUGGUGUCGGCGCAGAUCCGCUGCAAACUCCUCAAGUCCCGCCAGACGGCUGAGGGAGAGUUCCUGCCGCUCGAUCAGCUGGACCUGGACGUGGGCUUCGGCACGGGCGCCGAUCAGCUGUUCCUCGUGUCGCCGCUCACCAUCUGCCACGUGGUCAACAGCAAGAGCCCCUUCUUCGAGCUGUCGAAGCGCGCCCUGCAGCAGACCGAGCAGUUCGAGAUCGUGGUCAUCCUGGAGGGCAUCGUGGAGACCACGGGGAUGACGUGCCAGGCGCGCACCUCGUACACGGAGGACGAGGUGCUCUGGGGACACCGCUUCCUGCCCGUGAUGUCACUCGAGGACGGCUUCUUCCGAGUCGACUACUCGCAGUUCCACGCCACCUUCGAGGUCCCCACGCCCGCCUCCAGCGUUCGCGAGCAGGAGGAACGCUUCGCCUCGUCCCUCGAGUCGGCGUUCGCCGCGUCCCGCGACCUAUGCUCCCCGCUCUCCCCGCGCUCCCUCCCGGCCCUCUCCCCCGGCCGGAGGAAUGAGUGCGCGGUCGACGCCGUCUCGGGGAGAUCGUGGGGGGGCCCGCACACUGCGGCCGCACACUCCGGGCCCGAGGAUCAACUGCCGGCCAAGCUGCGUAAAAUCGGCGGUGGCCCGGGCUCUCGGCCGCCCUCGUGCGCGGCGCGCAGCCGGGUUAACGGGGUCAUGGGCAGCAUGAGCGCGGGGGACCUGGCGCAGGCGAGGUCGCCCGUGGCCGCCGCGGGGCCCGCCGCGUGCUGGGGCGCCGGGUCGCUACCCGAGGACGUGUUCCCCCUGUCCCCGUGCAAGUCGCAAUACGAGUCCCGUGGGCAGCAGCAGCAGCAGCCGCAGCAGCAGCAGAGGUCGCAGCUGCUGCCCUCGGCAGCGGACACCCUGCCGGCCAAGCUGCGCAAGAUGAACGGCUGCUGAGACGGCGCCCGCCGGCCCCGCGCGGGAGACUCGAGGUGCGGGGCGAUCGCAGGGCACGCACCGCCGACCGCGAGAUUGCCCGAGGGACCGGCGCGAGAUCCGUCCACGUGAAUAGAUCCGCGACGAUUCGUGAACGGCCGGACUGACUCUGCGUGUUCCGAGGAAACGAUGGGAGGUUGAGCGGCCAUAACGAUUUUUGAAAUCGUGAGAUUGUUGACGCGGGUGGCCAUGGCGGGGAUGGCUGUGGGAGGACAUUACGUGAUUGAGAGGAGGGGGGAGCGAUCAGCAAAUGGCUCCCGCAAUAAAAAAUAAGGAUGGCGCUCCCCCCCCCCCCCGUCCAUCCUGUGUCGCCGGGAGGGAGAGCGUGAAGCAGCAGAGCCGAGAGCGCCGUGCAGGGUCUGCAUGCGGCCUCGAUCAUCAUCGCCAGUGGGGAACAGAGGGAGCCCUCCACCCACCCCGCCGCCCAUGUGCUCAGGCCUCUUGCGGUGAGGACGGCUGCCCGCUGUGGCCAAUGCCGUUGUAUUCGCUACCAUGCAGCGAUCGAUCCCCCGUCACCACUGGCGCCCGCAAAUCAGUUCCGCUUCCUUUGUUGCGCGCGGUGCGAUCCGAGUCGAGUGUCGUUCUCCAUUGAAACCCCCGCCUCCCAAAAAAACACGCAAGUUUUGUCUUUCGUAUUUAUUUUCUUUCAUUUUAUUCCGAUCGUUCCGUCAGCGCCCUGACACCACGCGGAGUGUCUCCGUCUCAUCUCCCGCGGAGCGGUGUGCGUCAUUCGUAGACCGACGUCUCCGGAUCCUUCCUGGCGACCUCUCUUAUCCCACCACGCAUUGCGCUGCUCGGCACUGUCCUCCCGUGUCCCGUGCACGAGAGAGACCGCGGCGCCACCAGGCAGGGCUACGGGUCCGAUCACGAGCCACUCUCGCGCGUCGCGGUCUUCUCUGUGCCACGUGGAGAGCGUUUCUCGCCGAGCACCUGGAUCUAGAAGGAGGAGGGAGGAGCAGGCGGAGGAGGAGGGGGAGGGAUGAGAGCGGCAACAGCCAUGAUUUAAUUUCGGCCCGGUCUGGGAGGAUCCGCGAUUCUUUACCUGUAUCCGCUCCCGGCACACCACGUCCGCUGUACCUCCCGCUACUAGUCCCGCUACUAGUCCCGUGCCCUAUUCAAGUCUUAACAGCGACCCGCAAAACCAACUGAACGAGAAACGAAUCCCCGUGGCAGCCACGCACCUUGCCGCGGCCAGUUCGAGCCGCACCUCGUCCGCUCGCAUCCAGCUCCGAGCGGCCACAGCUUCUACCCCCCCUCCUCCUCUCGCUCCAGCGCCUCUCCGUCUCUCUCUCUCUGUCUCUCUCUCUCUCUCUGUCGCGUCGCGUCAACCCCAAGCUGUCGCCUCGCGUCGCGUCGCGUUUACCCCCCCCCCCCCCUGUACCCAUCUUCGCCCGUCAAUUCGUCGAGGCUGCCGCGAACCCGCGCCACCGUUGCACAGAGGACGACGCCGUGGCCGCGACCGGCAGCUGGCUCCGCGGGUGCUGCGAGUGUUUGCGAAGCGCGGCUCUUUGUCGACCCGAUGCGACAUGUCGACAUCGCGGGGCUUGUGGCGGCGUCUCGCGUUGGUCUUUGGGGGAGCGGGCGGGCGGGGGGUGUUGGACUUUGUGUUUUUAAAUUGGUCACGAGUCCAAGUUUCGCCUGUGGCUUGCCAUCAUCACCCGGGGGGAAGGGCAGUUGUUGCGCACAUUCUUGUUUAUAAAUACGAAUAAAAUCAAAUGAAUAGUUUCGCUAAGGGGGCGUCUGGCUGUUGUUGAUGUCUGAGCGGCGGGGCCGCGUCUGGGCAGGUCACAAAUCGAUCGCUGCGCUCGAGACGAUCAAACGAGACGGACGACACUCAAACUGGG